UGAAGAGUGAAGAGCGGCUCCUAUUGAGCAGAGCAGAUGAGUUGACUUUACGAGUUAGUUUAUGAGUCAGCAGAUGUGCUAGAUUUUGGAGUUUAAUAGCUGAAACACAGCAGCCAGCCACACGUGAAAUCAGAAUGAACAGAAGAAAGUUGGCAACGAGUCGAAGAAGUAAAGGGAAGCAGCGUGUAAAUGACCCAGAAACACAGCCAGAUGUUGAAUCUAAAGAGGGUGUUCAGGAUGAGGCCAGGGGUAGUGAACAUCCAGAAACACAUGCGUCUGCAACAAAGCACCCUAAAGUGCAGGAAGAAGUAGCUCAAGAGAGUGAGCGUGACAUGACUGCGCCACAAGCUGCCUUCUUGGUCUCCGCCACUACAGCUGAGUACUCUGAGGAUAAAACUGACAUGUUGUGCCCAGAAGAAGUCAAACACAUUUUAGACUCCAAAGAUGUCAGUAUGCAACCUUUUAAAGAUGAGACCAAGCUGGAAGUCAUUGAGAAUAGCAACACUCUUCAAAGUGAGGAAGUCAAUGAAAAUCUGCACGGAAGGAAAAUCCGUCUUCCUGACCUAACCAGUUCAAGUGCUUCUGCAUCAGAUCAACAGAUGAUCAGCAAACAGGCAGAAAAUUUUAAUCUGUGUUCUGUGGCAGAACUAAACAGCAGGAAGCUAGAUGACUCAGGCUUGUUCAGACAAGAUGGGCGUUUUCAGGGCAACUUUUCAGAAUGCGAGUCACGUGUUAAUACAUCUAUCACGCCUCGGAUUACUGCAGAUAACGCCUUCAGAGAAAACAUUCAAAUUAAUGAUGGUGUUGAACAAGAAACAUUUUUAUUUCAAACAGAGGAGUUGCCUACAAGUAAAGAUGAUAAACACUGUACAACUAAAGUCAGAGAUGCCAAGCUUUCACAGGAGGUUGAAGACAAUCAGUAUGAUCAAAAUAAGUUGACACAAGAGCAAGUCGAGCACAAAAAGCAUAACUCCAAUGAAUAUCUAAUGUAUGAGCACAGACAUCACAGUGUUUACUUUGAAAACCAGAUAUUUGAAUCUGAUAGUUACCAAAGUUCAUUUCCAGUGAAAAGCACUGCAGUCAAACAGGAUGUUUUGACUGCAACAAAAGAAGCUUCUUUGGACCAGAUGGAUCAGAGUGGCAGUCUCGUGGAGGAUAAUAUACAAACUCUUCCAUCAGUCUUUAAGGCUACUACAGAGACUCAGCUUCACAACUCUCUGACCACAGAUGACCAUACCAAGGUGGGCUUCAGCACUGGUGCUACUAAAAGAAAAUUUGGAUCUAGUCGUAAAAAUAAAGGAAGACAUGUUAAAGACUCAGAAGAGGACAUUUUAGAAAAUACUCUGACCAACGAAUCUCUUGAAACGCCAACUGUAUUGUCUGAAAUACAGAAGAUAGGGAAUGAAGAAGUGAGUGAUGUCACUACUGCCGACACAAUCUUGUCUCCUUCAAAUACAGGCUCAGUCUGUUUGGUACCGCCACAUGAUCUUUCUUCUGAAUAUCCUGAGCAAGACAAAUAUAGUUUGAUAUUAACAAGUGAAAGUCUUCAAAAAGGUCAAGAGAAAAUAAAUUCAGAGAUUUCAGCUGAAAUGUUUGAAAACUCUGAAGGAUCCCAGCAUGAGGUGGAUCAAUCUGACAUUCUUCACAGUGAGGACCCCAUAGAUUCUCUUUCAGAGCAUGUUCCAACAAAUCUGCAGAAAGUUGCGUUUCAUCCAACUCAAAUGCAAGAAAUCUUGCAAAUUCAACAUUCAUCUGAAACUAUUUCAGAUUAUGUUACAGAACAUUUUGAACACAUUUCUGAAAACCUAAAUGACCGACCUGAAAUGUCUGAGUCUGCUGGGAAAAGCACUGAUAAUGUUACCACCUUACAGCAAGAGCAUCAAACAGAGGAAAACCUGUUGGAAUAUACACAUAGUGUAGAACAGAAAAAUGAGAGUUAUGAUUUAUAUGAUGCAAAUUCUUUACAAAUCAGUAACUUGGAAAAGUCAAACUCUACUCCUACUCAGGUUUAUAAGUUUAAAAAAGGAGUAGAGGAUGAUAUAAAACUUACUGCAGACCAAAUGUAUCACCAGGAGAAAGGACUCUUUGAAAUAAAGGAGGAAAACCCUGUUUUGUUUGACUCACAGCCUCAAGAAACCUCUGGGAUUGUAGAUGAGCAAUCCACCAAAGGCUUUUAUAGCAGUGCCAACAGUGGGAAACUGGUAUCUGGCCGUAAAAGUAAAAAAGAUAAAGACUCAAAAGAAGAGGUUAAAGAAAAGACCAGUGAUGAAGAAACCACACGGAUUUUAGAUACUAAGAUAACAAGCCAAGAAGAACUGAGGCUAGACAUUUUACCAGAGUCAUCUGACAGCCCAAUUCUUUCGAUCUUUGCUCCUGGCCAUUCCAUAGCAGAUCCAGAGAGUUUGAUUCCAGGAAGUGUGGAAAACCUAGAAACAGAUAUCAAUAUGGAUUUAUCUGAUAAAUCAUGGGGAGAGAAUUUGGAGCGUCAGUCUGACACUCAUAAGAGUAAAUCAGGGAAUCUUCAGACUAAGGAAGUCCCUGAUCCAGAUGUUGAUAUGAGAAAAGGUCAAGAACACAUGGCACUACAAGAACCAGAACCUCAGCAAAUAGAUUACACUGUUGCUGGUCAGGUGGAGACUGUUGGAGUCUUUGUGGAAGAUACCAAACAUAAUCCUGCUAACUCUCUACUUCAGGACAAUUCUCUGAGCACAAAUGAGCAAACUGACACCGGCUUCAGUGGGAGCAGAAGCAAACUGGGGUCAAGCCAGAGAGAAAAAGGAAGACAGCAGGGUGAAAUACCUAAACAGGAAGUUUUAGAAAGUACAAGAGAUGAUGAAAUACACGAGAGACCAACAAUGUUAAUGCAGGAAGAACUAACUGAAGACAGUGAACCCAGGACUACCACUUCAGUUUCAAAUAACUCAUCGUUUCCAAAUUGGUUGGUUGACCAAACUAAAGUCACCAGCAAUAUUCAUUCAGAGCUUACUGUGAAAAGUACAAAGGAUUCUGCUACCAAACACAAACUUAUGCUUAUUGAAGACCAACAAAACACAUGUUUCAUAGCAGAAGGAAAUGUGGAGGCUUCAGAUCAGACAAGCAAAGAUGGCCACCUGGAUGAUUCAAAGAAAACCUCGGUUGGAAUAAGCGCUAACCUUGGUCAGAUGGAUAAAGGUGGGAGCCUUGUAGAAGGUAUUGAACACAACUCUACUGACACCAAUCUUCAGGACACUUCUCUUAUCACAGAUGAGCAAAUUGACGCUGACUUUAGCUUCAAAGGGAACAAAAGAAAACUUGGAUCUAGUCGUAGAAAAAAAGGAAGACAAGAUGUUAAAGAAUCUAAACAGGAAGUUUUAGAAAAUAAUGGAGGAGAAAAAGCCAUUGAUACAUCACCAGUGUUGUUAAAAGUAAAGACAUCUGAGCAGGAAGAACCAAGUAAAGCCAAUGAGGAGGAAAUAUUUUGGUCACAUAGCAUCUCCACGUCACAUGUUCUUUCUUCUGAGGAUCAAACCUCUGAGGUAACAGAAGGGCCAGGCACACACUUGAAAGGUUCAAUUAUGAAAUGUGAAAAUCAUCAAGAAGAUGUAGAUAAAAGAAAUUUUAAUGUUUUGGUUCAAGAUGAUAAACAAUCAGAGGAUUUAUCAUUGAUUAAGGCUCACAAUGAAGAUAUUAGAGAUGCUUGUUUAGAGGAUGUUAUGGUGGAACAUCCAGAAGAAGUUGAUUCAAUAACAAUGCAAGACAGUCUUCAAAUGGGAGAUUAUUCUGAAACGUCAACUAAUAUUAAUAUAACAUUUGACAUUAUGUCUGAAAAUCUGACUGAACAAAAUGAAAGGUCUCAGCUUACAGUAAAAGGUAAUGAUGAUAUUACAGAAAAACAGGAAGAAUGUCCCACAGAAGAAAUUAUCUCAGAGACUCUAGAUCUGAAAAGUGGAGAAAUAGAACAGGAUGACACAAAACCCAAAGUUGAUCAAAUAUUUCACAAGGAGAAGGAAGGAAUGUUCUGUGAAAUGGAGGAAAACAAACCUGUUUUGUCAAACUUUCAAAUCGAAACAGUUUCUUUGGAUCCCAAGCCUCAGGAAUCGUCUGAGAGCACAGAAGACCAAAUUAACACAGACUUCUCCAGUAGUGCCAGCAGACGAAAAUUGGGAUCCAGUCGUAAAGGUAAAGCAAGACGACAAGUCAACGAAUUUAAAGUCAAUGAAAAGACUAGAGUAGAUGAAGUAGAUGAAACUCACAGAACAACACAGAUCUCAUUAGAUACAAAGACAAUCAGCCAUGAAGAAAAAAGACAAGACAUUGAGCAGGAUGCAACCUUACUGGUUUCUAAUAACAACUCAUUUUCAGUAUUUGCUUUUGGUGAUUCAUCUGAAGUUCAAAUCAGCAGUAAAAUUCAUUCAGAGCUCACAUUGAAACAUACAGCGGAUUCUGGUACAGAACAGGAACUACUACCUGCUGAAGACCAACAAAACCUGUGUUCCACAACAAAAAGAAAUCUAGAGGCUUUAAAUCAGACAAGUAAGGAUGACCACCUGUAUGAUUCAAAGGAAACAUCAAUCAGUGGCCCAAUUGGAGUAAACACCACCCUUGGUUACAUGGAUGAAGGUGGGACCCUUGAAGAAGGUAGUGAACACAACUCUAACGUUCAGGACAGUUCUGUCAGCACAAAUGAACAAACAAAUGAUGACUUCAGCUUCAAUGGGAGCAGAAAAAAACUGGGGUCUAGUCAUAGAAAUAAGGGAAGACCAGGUUUUAAAGAAUCCAAGCAGGAAGUUUUUGAAACUCACAGAAGCGAUGAAACUCCCCAGAUCCCAACUACAUCAGUAGAAACAAGGGGAUCUGAGCUUGAAGAGCUGAGUGAAGAUAUUGAACAUAAAAUUAUCCUGUCCCUUUCACAAGACUUGUCUUCAGUAUCACCACACAUUAUUUCUUCUGAGAAUCAAAUCUCUGUGUCAAAAAAUGACUCUGAUACAAACCUGCAGAUUUUAAUUCUUAAAAAUGAACAUUUUGGUGACAAAGGUGAAAGAAAGUUAGAGGCAGAUGUUGAAAUGAUUGAGAAAUCAAUGAAUGUUCUACAUCAAGAGGUGGGUCAGUCUGACACUGUUCACAGAGAAGACACCAGAGAUGCUGAACCAGAGGAUGCUCUUAGUGAAGUGGAGAAAUUUGAGUUUCACCCAACACAGAUGCAAGAUAGUAUUCACACUGAAUGUUAUUCUGAAACUGUUGUUGGUAAUGUUUCAGAAAAUGAGGAAGUUAUCCUUGAAAACCUGACUGAUCAAACAGGAAUGUCUGAGCUCACUGUGAAAGCAACUGAUGAUUCUGCGAUAAAAGAGGAAGCAUAUUCUGUAAAGAAAAAUUACCCAGAGAACUUAGAUUUGAAAAAUGAAGAUUCUGGAGUGUUUGAUAACAAUAAACCACAAGUCACUGACUUAGAAAAAGCAAAUUCUGUUCCAACUGAGAUGAAUGAGUUCGAAGGGAGAGUAUCUGAUGAUACAAAACCCAACACUGGCUUUGUAGUUGAUCUUGAAAUGGGAGGACUCUGUGAAAUGACAGAGAACAGCUCUGCUUGGUUAAAUGCUCAAACAGAUAUGGUUUCUUUUGACUGCCAGUCUCAUGAAUUUUCUCAGAAUGUUGAUGAACAACUGAACAAGGGCUUUUAUAAUACUAGCAAUAGACGAAAACUGGGUUCCAGCCGAAGAAUUAAAGGAAAACACCAAGUUGAAGAGGGUAAAGAAAAUACAUCAGGAGAUGAAACCCUGAACAUAUCUGAAACAAAAAUGGCAUGUGAGGAACUAAAGCAAGACCUUUCGUCACCUGACAGCUCAGUGCUUGCUCCUGGCAAUUCAUCUGAUGUUCAAAGCGCAAUGUUAAAUAACUACUCUGAAACUGACUUGAAGAGUUUAAUUCAAGAAAGCCAUUCAGAAGAUAAAGAUGAAUCAGAAACAGGUAACGUUAAGUUAUCUCGUAAAUCAGAAGGAGACACUUUAUUGGAUAAAUCUGAUGUACAAGAAAGUAAUGAUCAGACUCUUCAGAGUAAAGUUACGGGUCCAGGAUGUUCAGAUAAUGCUGAAACACAAACUGAGGAACAUGAGAAUUUACCAGCAGACAUAGAAGUAUGUCUGCAAAAGGAUUACACAUCUGAAACUGUUGCACAUGAUAUUCCCACAUAUCCAGAGAGUGAUUUGGGAAAUACGAUUGACCAAGCUGAAAUCAUCAACCAUAGCCAGUCGGACCUCACCACAAAAAGUUACACUUAUUCUAAUACCAAAGAGGAACUUCUACCUGCUGAAGGCCAACAAAACCUGUGUUUCACAGCACAAGGAAGUUUGGAGGCUUUAGAUCAGAAAAGUAAGGAUGAGCACAAUUUUGAUUCAAAGGAAACAUCAAUCAGCAACCCAGUUGGAGUCAACAGUGUCCCGAGUCAGAUGGGUGAAGGUGGGAUUCUUGUAGAGAGUACUAUGCAAAAUCCUAGAGAGACCAAUCAGGAUAAUUCUCUCACCACAGAUGAGCAAACUGAUGCUGGCUUACAUGGAAGCAGAAGAAAGCUGGGGUAUAGCCGGAGAAAAAAGGGAAGACGACAGGGUAAAGAAUCUCAAGAGGAAGUUUUGGAAAAUACAAGCCGUGAUAAAACUUUUGAAAUGCCUAUAAUGUCAUUAGAAACAAAGACAGUAGAGCAGGAAGAACAGAGAGAAGAAACUAAGCAUGAAAUUAUCUUGUCUGUUUCACAUGAUAGCUCUACGUCUUUAAUUCCUCCAGUUAUUUCUUCUCAUGAUCAGAGCACCUCUGUGCCGACACAUUAUCCUGAUGAAGAUGUGCAGAGUUUAACUCUGAAAAAUGAAAAUCUUCAUGAAGAUGCAGAUGACAAAAAAUCUGACGUUUUAACUUCAGAUGAGGCAAAACAAAAUGUUUGUCAUGGAGACCCCAGAAAUGCUGUUUCAGAAAAUGUUGUGCAUGAAAAAGUUCAUUCAGCACAAAUUCAAGACAGUGUGAAAACUGAUUCAGAUCAUUUUUUUGCAGAUGAUGCUACAGAGAAUGUUGAUAUCAUUUCCAGAGCUCUUACUGAUAAAACUGAAGAGCCUGAGAUCAACAUGAACAGGAUUGAUGAUAUUGCAUCAAUACAGCAAGCAUGCCCUUCAAAAGAAAUCAUCUCAGCAGCUUCAGGUCUGAAAAAUGAAGAAGAAAUCCAGCAGGAUGCACAACCCAACACUGAUCAUAUAGUUAAUCAGAACAAUGAAGGACUCUUCAUGGAGGAAACCAAAUUUGCUAUGUCAAACUUGCAGUCAGGAAAUGUUUCAUCAGGUUCCCAUCCUCUGGAAUCCUCUGAGCGUGUAGAAGAACAGACAAAAGUGGAUUUCCACAGCAGAAGAAAACUAGGAUCCAGUCGUAGAAAUAAGGGCAGGGGUAAUGCAAAAGAUAUAGGUCAACCUAUAACAGAGGUCGACCUCAAUGCAAGUAUGAAUGAACUUGGUGAAAAAAGAACAGAGACAGUCACACAGGAUCAGGAAACCUCAAUGGGAAUUGUGCUGGAUGAAACAGAGGAAAAUGACUCUUCUCAGACCAAAGAUGCAAAUAUCAGCUCUUCUUUUUGCACGACUGUAGGCAUGCAGCCAUCACCCAUUGUUGAUCAAGAGGAUAGUGACACAUCAUUUUGCACGCAGAUUAUAGAUAGGGAACUACCCAAACACUACAGCAGAGAUUAUGGUAAAUACAGAGAGCUGCAGGAUGGAAAUUUACAGAAAAGCACAUCAUUGCCUGAACCACAUGCAGGUCCUCCCCCAGCCGAAUUGCGUGCAGAAAAAAACAGCAGUUGUGAACAUACAGAUCCUGAAAGUGGGGAUGAGGAUGCUUCCAAGAAAGCUUUUGAACAGGAGACCGAGCCUGAACAGAACCAAAAGAUGCUUGAAGCAGCUGAAAAAGAGAGAGAUGAUAUUGCAGAAUAUCCUGAGGCAUUUUCCACAAAUUUGUUCAGUGGAAAUGAAAAGAAUGCAAUGAAUGAGAUAACUGAAAUAUUGCAGCCAGAUAAAAAUGUACAAAGUGAACAGUUUAGUGAACCACCAGAAAGAACCACAGAAAAAGGGAGCAACAUGCAAAAUGCUAAAGUUAAGUACAGCAUUGAGCAAAGUGCUGUUUCAUCACCACAAGAAAUGUUUCAUACUGAUGGGGAAGAGCAUCAGCACAUCAUUUUAUCUAAGACUGCAGAAACUCAUUAUUUACUUGAUUUUCAAAGUAAAGAACAGAAAGAGCAGAUUAAAACAAAACAAAUGCAUGAAAUGCAUCAGAUCUCAUUUCCAAAUCACAAGUCUCUCAGAGAAACAGUGCAGUCAGAUAAACAUGUUACUUUGGACUCUCAUCCUCAGGACAAUCAUCAAGACCUCAAAGAUGACGCUCACCCAGGCUUCAAAGCAUCAGGAAACAGGAGAAAACUAGGGUCAAGUCGGAGAACUAAAGGAAGUAAACACGGCCAGGUUAAUGACCAAAACCAAGAAAACACAGGAGAUAAUGAAACAAAAAUAUUAGCUGGAAGACAGGAAGAAUUAGAAAACGUAAUACUCCCUAAAAACUUAGCAACAAUUAGCUCAUCUGUGACUGAAAAGCUGCUGGAGGAAAACCCAGUUUCUUCACAUGAUGUUUUGGAGGAGAGCACAAUUGAAAAAUCAGAUUUUAAUUCAAACUCAAACCAAGAAAAUUCAAUAAAAUCCAAUGUAGAAACAAAAGAAAAAGAUGCAAAACGUAUUGAUGAGGCUAAGGAUUCGACUCAACUUACAGGACAUGACACAAACAAAACGGGUUUGAUGCAAUCAGGCCAAGACUCCAUGUUGAGCAGUGACUCAGGCAUGCACAGUAUCUUACUUCAUGAUGGCGUUAUCAGUCUAAAGUCAGAAAGUGUUUAUGUCAUUGAUCAAGAAGAAGCCUUACAGAGACAAAAGAGAGAAGCUUUAUCUUGUGAAAAAGACCAAUUGGGAGCCGAAGUCCAUUUGAAAGAGACAAACAAAGAGAUCGAAACAGCUGGAUUUAUAACAACAGAAGUCUGCAGUUCACAGGCGGAAAGCUCAACGGAUUUGCAAAAUCCUGAAAAGGGUGAAGUGGAAGGGACAUAUAUGUAUGCCAGAAAGCAGAAAAAUACUUCAAACGAGUUCGUUUCUGCUUUGCAGGAGCCAGCUAUGGAUGCAUCAUACAAAGGGGAAAUUUCUACAACAAUAAAUCCACUGGAGAGUAAAGGAGAAAAACCUCAAGAAACAUCCAAACAGAAGAAGAGAAAGAUUGGAUCUUCUCGCAGGACUCCAUUGAACAGAAAACGAGAUGAUGAGAAACAUGAGAGAGAUGAGGCAGAAGAAAGCGACUCUAGCGCAAGAGCUGAGACGACGAAUCUGAGCGAGAUGGAGGUUGUGGGGAAAGUACUGGUAAAUGAAGAAGCGCUACAAGAUAAAGAUGUGCAACCACAACAAGAAGCUUCAUUGCAACAAGAAACUCCAAAAACGGAAACUGGUGAUGGGCUACAAAGCAGUAACAUGAGCCAGGCUUUCCCUCCUGAGCAAUCUGCCACCAGAGAUCUUAUUUUAGAAACACCAAAACCAGAUGAUUUUACCAACAGUCAGGCCCAAACACGCUCUGAGGAUACAGAAAGAAACAGUAGCUCAUUAAAUCAACCAGUGUCUUCAAACACUGGCACCCCAGGAGGGAGCUUAGAGUGUACACAAGGGGAUGAGCGCAGUCCUGAGAGCAUAGAGGUAAGCCAACUCCUAGAUGUUCAAGAGCAAAUGCCAAGUAACACGAUUGAAAGCAUUCACAGUCAAAAUCCUGAAAUGAGGAAUGGAAGUCCGGAUUUAACUCCAACCAACAGGAGAAGAAAAAUGGGCUCUACUCGUAAAAAUCUAGGAACACGUACCAAACAGGAAAUCCCAGAGCCAGAAAAAGAAUCCACAGAUACUGUAUUGUCUUCUGGAGAUGUAACUGUGCCAAGUGUCUCAGGAAAGGAAGAAACAGAACUACAGCUUCACACAGACGACAACACUUACCUAGAAAAACAGAAAGAAACUGCGGAAAUCAGCCAAUUUGGUGAGUCUUUAUUAAGAGCUCUGGCUGAGGAGGAGAAGGUUGAAGAAUCUUCAGUCUCACAGACCCAAACAGCAGAAACAAGACGACAGUGGAAUCCAAGUGGACUUUCAUCCAGCCCUUCCAAUGAUGGCACAUCAGAAUCAGCCUUUGGAGGGAGGAAGAAAAAAUUUGGAUCAAAUCGAAAGUCUGGGUUACAACAAAGAAAACCCGACCAAAAUGCACAAAAUGAAGAUGAAGCUGGAGGACCGAUACAGGGAAGUGCUCUCAAGGCAGCUGAAAGAGAAGAAUCAUCGGGGCUGGGAAUCAUAUCAGAGGUUGAUGAAAAUGGGCAGAAACCAUCUUCCAGCACCGAUAUUUUAGAAGCUACAGGGUCUUCAAAAUCUAUGAGGGACAAGACACCAGAGAAACUUGUCCAUCGUAAUAUCCGCUUGGAUCAAGAGAGUGGGAAUCAGCUUUCUUUUGGUACUACUAGUGGCGCAGAUAAAUCAGUGGGCUACAACGUGGUGAUGAUUGGAGAGAGCUGCGUUGGAAAGACUUCUUUCAUGAAAAGAGCUCAGAGUGGGAAGUUUUCUUUAGACAUUCCUGCCUCUGUUGGCCUUGAUUCCUGCAAGUGGACUGUGGUAGUAGAUGGAAAACCUGUGGUUCUACAGUUAUGGGAUACAGCAGGUCAAGAAAGGUUUCACAGCAUCACCAGACAAGUGUUCCACAAAGCCCAAGCUUUUCUCUUGAUGUAUGACAUCACUUCCUCUCAAAGUUUUUCAGCAGUCAGCUACUGGGCUAACUCCAUUCAGGAAGCUGCUGCCGAAGACGUGACUGUUUUGCUCCUGGGAAACAAAAGCGAACACGCAAAGCGACAAGUUAAAACGGAGCAGGGGGACAUCCUUGCUAAGGAAUAUAAUUUUGAAUUCAUGGAGUGCAGCGCUGCCACGGGUGAAAAUGUGAUAGAGGCUUUGGAGGCAGUGGCCAGGAUGCUGAGUCAGAGAGCUGACCUGCUGAGAGAGGAAGUCACGGCUUUACACAAAGAGUCGGCGCAGAGGAAGAGCUCAAAAUGUUGCUGAACAGAUGCGUUUAUUUCACAAACAAACCAAGAGGUGAUAUCCUGCAAAUAGUGGAGAUAAUUUCUCAGUAGACUGUACCUAAUAAGAUGUAUAUAAAGAUACUAGAACUUAAUUUCUCUUUCUUAUAAUUGCUUGUAUUACGUAUAAUGGGGAUUUUAUUGUGAAACAAAACCAAAAAAAGUAAGUAAUGGGCUUGCAAAUGUGUUGUUUAUAUGUUUCAUAACUCAGUUGUAUGGAGUAAAAGGGAAUUUAAAAAGCUUUUUAACUAUGCAUCGAGGGUCUCUGGGUUCAUUUUUUUAUGUCUUGUGGAGCAAAAAGAGCCAGUUUUUCUUGUAUUUGUUCUCAUAAACUCUGUUCUGAAUUGUGUCUUAAAUAAUAUUUUUGGCACACAUCCUCCUUGCAGUGGUCCCAGCUGCCAGGUUGCUCAGAUAAUCAAUUUAUUUCAUUCCCGCUAUGAUUAAAAGCAGUGGUUGUGAAAAUACUUUUCAGUCCAAAUGUAGCUUUUCUUUUUUUAUUACACUGAUGUGCAUUUCCAAUAUAACCCAUGCCGAUGAGAAACCCAGAGACGCAAUCAAUCACACAAUAAAACUGUUCUAAUCUCAUGUUCUAUUUUCAAUAAACUCCCACUUCAACAAUU